AAGCGGCGCGACGAAACGGCUCUGUCGGACUUACUGAUUACUCCGAUCUGCUCAAUUUGAUCGAGGUAUGAGAAGAGCCACGUGCCACGGGUAUAUUGGUCGAAGAUUCCGCGACGUUGCCAGCCAGUGGCUUGUCUUCGUUCCAACCAUUGAUGCCUCUGAAAUACUCGUCGGCGAGACGGCAACAUCGUUGACAGCGUCGUGCAGCUGGCAUGGUGCUCCGACACCUAAAUCGAGAGGCAGUUUACAGUGGUCCACCGGAUGCUAAGAAGCUUAAUGCUGCCGGGAAGAAACCGAUACGGCAGCGAGCUAUCAUAGAAAAUGCGUAAACAAUGCCGAUGUUAGAAUCUUGUUGGUCGCCGUGCAUUUGGUCGAACAGCGUAAAAACUGGCAGUAAAGUUAUAGCGUUUUACACAGUGGCAAUUAGUAUAGUGUUAAUCACAUUAAUAUGCUAUCAAUUGGCUGGCGGUGAUUCUACACAGAUAUACAAUCCGUUAUUUGAGGCCGAUGUGAGAGGCUCUAUGCAAGUUGUCGGAGGCUUCCUAAUCUUCUAUCUGCUUCUGUUAAUCAUAUGUGCCUUAUUAAUGGUAUAUGGCAUAAAAGAAGGGGUACGUGGAUGGUUAUUGCCAUGGCUUGUUGGAUGGUUCAUCGUUUGCUUGUUCCAGUUAGUUUUCGGACUGUGGCUUUUAGGCGGUUACUAUAUUUAUUUGGACUCUGUAUUCGCGACGUUGUGCAAUUGGCUUUGGAUGUCUUAUAACAUAUAUUGUUGGCUGGUUGUUUUAUCAAUGUACAAAAUAUUCGCUAAGCUGCAGUCUCCUAACAUAGAACUUUUGUGGCCUUAAAGGAAAGUACAAUAUACGAAAGCGAAAUAUGUAUACAUUAAUAGUCACCAAAAAGAAGUAUGUGAGAAAGAAUUUCCAUUCACAUGAGAAUUUACAUUUACUAAAAAAAAUCUACAUAAAAAGAACAUGUGAAUUUGUUAAAGAUAAUAUGAAGUUUACGAAUCGUUUUUAAUAUUUAUACUUGAAAAAUUUUUCUGUCAAUAAUUGUCCAAAAGACAAAAUUUGUCUUUUCAUCACAAUUCUCAUAUAACUUUACAAUCUUCCUUAUAUCUAUCAAUUUACGUAACGUACGUACUGUUGAUAUGAUAUACAUAUCAUUAAACAAUAUAUAUAUUUUCAAUAUUGCUUUUAAAAAUCGUAAUAGCUUUUAGGCUACGUCAAACGUAACGCAAUUACGUUUAUUACGAUUAAAAAAAGUUCAAUUAACAUUAAUCAUAUGGUAGCGCUUUUUUACUUAAGUUUUAAUACUUAAAUUUAAUCUACUUUAAGUUUUUUAAUAAUGUACAAUUAAUUAUAGCCGAUAAAGCAAGUUUUUAUAGUGUAACAAAAGACUGAAAAAAGAUUUUGAAACAUCCGUCCAAAUUGCUAAAACUACAAAUUAUUUGGAAGCUUAGAAUCUCAUUUCACGAGCAAAUCAAAAUAAUUAUAUCACGUUAUAUUACAAAUUCAUAUUAGGUCUCUUUACAUGACCGCUACUGUUUUGACAAUUUUAUAGAGAUUAUACAGUUUUUCUACAAAAUAUUUUUUCUAUAACAUUAAUUAAAUAAUAUAUAAAAAUAAUUAUUUGAUGUAAAAAAAAAUUUCUAUUUAUAUUGUAUGAAUAAUAUACAAGAACAAUAAACAAAUUUUUUAUUCUAA